AUGUAUUAAUAAUCAGCAGCCACUUUAGGAAUGAAUAGAAAUUAAACAGAAAAUUAACCAGAUUCUCAAGGAGAAUACAAUCUAUAAUAGGUAAAUGUAGAAAUCAAUAUUAAUAUAGGCAUUUUCUUAACAAUAAGUUUUAUCUGAUGAAUUAAAAUCUGGAGGAUAUCUUAACCCUUUUGUUUUUACAUCAUAUAAUAUGCCAAAAGUAUAUUAUUAAUGAAUUUAAAUUUAGAUUAAUUGUUAUAAUCAUAUUGGUCAAACAAUAACAAAUUUUUGUUAAUCAAAAGCAUGCAGAUUACCAUUAUGUCCAGAAUGUGUAAAAGAACAUGUUAAUGAACAUUCUGAAUUUAAAACUUAUCCAUAAUUAGAAUGUUUAGAGAAUAUAUUGACUUAAGUUCAUUCAGAUAUUUGUAAAUAAGGUAUUAUUUUGUUUUAUUUUUUUUAAGCAAAUUAAAUUACAAAUGCAAAAUAAAAUAUUGAAAAAUCAAUGGUUCAAGCAUUGUAAUAAAUUAAAUUUACUGUUGAGAAACUAAAAGAAGCAAAGAAAAGAAUAUUAAAUAUUAUUGAAUAAUAUUUUAAUACUUUAGAAAAUGAAUUAGAAAACAAAUAAAAAAAAAACUAUGAUAAUUUUAAAAGAGAUGGAGAAGCUUUAAUUAUAGCCAUAAAAGCUAGAUAAGAAGCAUAUGUUAAUUUUUUAGAUAAACUUUAACAACCAGAAUGUAUGUAUUCUCUCUUACCAUAUCUUGCAUAACCAAGCAAAGAAGAUAAUUAAUAAUACAUUCAAAUUGCAAACUAAUUUACAUACAGAUUUAAAGAUAUUUAAUCUGAAAUCACUUUUGACUCAUACAAAUCGUAUUUUAUUCUAACUAUUAAAGAUCUGAACUGAGUUCCCAUUUAGCUAAAAUUGUUGGCAUUAUUCACCAUGAUCUUACAGAAUAUUUAGAUAUUCAUAAACUUGCCCCUCCUGAUAUUGUUAAAAGUAAAGCUCUUACCUUAAAAUCAUCUAAUGAUCAAAUUUUAAAAUAAACUUAAUCACCUAGUAAACAAUAAAAGAAUUUGAGUAUGACCUAUUAAAUUUAGGAAAAUAAGGAUUAAGAAAUUUAUAAAAACAAUCCCAAUCAAAAUUAAAUAGAAUCAACUAUUCAAUAUCAAUAAAUUAAUCCUUAAUCUAUACAAAUGCAAUAGUUUUAAAAUUCAAAUUUUAAUGUCGUGAAUCAAAAUUAUUAAUCGCUCCCUUAACAACAGUUACAAUAUUUCUCAACUUAGAAUUAAUAUCCAUAAUAAACUUAAUAUCCAUCUUAGAAUUAAUAUCCAUAAUAGACUUAAUAUCCAUAAUAGAAUUAAUAUCCAACUUAAUAUCCAUUAAAUCAUUAAAAUUAUUAACUGAAAACUCCAUAUUAAUAAUCAUAUUUACCUUACCAAUAGAAUUAGCAAUAUUAGAAUUCAAUAAAUCCAAUUUAAAAAUAUUAUUGA